UUACGCUUGGAAGGGAGACGAAGGGGGAGCUUUCUUCAGAUCAAAGGCUGGUGUGGCGCUGUUGCCGUAGGAUGUGCAGAGUGCAGCCUGCUGCUUUCUUUACGGACGCUUCUUGUAUCGUCUGGAUAUCGCUGAUUUCUGGAUUAUAAAUACAUUUGAUGGUUUUCAAUCCCAACUCAAUGCAGAGAAAUGGGUAAACUUCACUCGAAACAUGCUGCGAUUUGUAAACCGAGGGAAAGUCCGGAGGGCGACAGUUUUGUAGUUAAUGCCUGUUUGGCAAGGAAAGGAAUUGACGAUUGGCUCGUGAAACAGAAAUACUAUUGCACGGGUUCGCGGCUUGAGCAACAGGACUGUCACCACACGAAUAAGUGCGGCUUGUCUACUAGGGAUGUGUUGGACAAGGCGUGUGCAGAGGGGAUCAGUGAUGAACAUUACCGUUUAGAAGUGGCUCUGCCCCCGGAGAAGACGGUGGACAGUUGCUGUGUGGAGGAGAAGAUGCAGGGGAGAGCGAGCCAGGCGCCCACAGGCACACAGAAACAGCUCCAGUUUGAAGAGCUUGAGUGUGCCGUCUCUGUAGAGGAAGACAACAGACAGGAGUGGACAUUCACGCUGUAUGAUUUUGACAACAAUGGCAAGGUCACCAGAGAGGACAUCACCAGCCUGCUCCACACCAUCUAUGAGGUGGUGGACACGUCGGUCAACCAUUCCCCCAGCAGCAGCAAGACACUGCGGGUCAAGCUCUCCGUGGCCCCCGACUCCAGCCAGCGCUGGCAGAGCUGCACACAGGGCACCGCAGACAUGCCCCACCCCAGAACGAAGACUGACAAGUGCAUUGAAGACCUUAAAAGUGCAGAGAAGAAGUCUCGAGCCCUCCUCAGGCGCCAUCACAGUGACCACCACACUAUCCAGCACCAGGUUCUGAUCCAGCAGGGUCAGAGUCAGGGCUGCCAGCGCCACUGUGUGGAUGAGAACCUGGAGCGCAGGAACCACUACCUAGACCUGGCCGGCAUCGAGAAUUACACAUCCCGCUUUGGAGCAGCCCCCACCACAGAGCCUGUGAAAGCAGAGCCACAGACCCGACCAUCGAACCAGACCAGGUCUCGCUCUCAUGAACCAGAGAAUGGCCACACCUACUCCCACCACCGUCGCUCACAGGUGGCCAUGGAGAGCAGUGCCGCCCCAGGCCCUGACACCCUUUGUCCCCCACGACCGAGUAAAGACUCAGGUAAACAUGCCCUGCGCUCCCCCAAGACCCACAGCCGGACACACCCCACACAGACCACCACGGGCAGGGUGAUGAGGAGCAGAGGGGCCCCACCUCCCCCGGCCCUACCCAGCCAGGCCCCCCCUCACCAGUCCUCAGCCCCCUACCGCAGGCACAAGCAGAGGGCCAAGGAGGGCCAGCAGCAGUCCCGGGCCCUGGGGGCUCCAGUGGGGCCUGUGGUGGAGAAGGAGCAGGUGAGGGUCCUACCCAGUGUGCUUCUCUAUGAAGGAGGGCUGGCCCAGAUGGUUCAGAGGCACGAGCAUCAUCACCACCAUGAACACCACCACCACUACCACCACUUCUACCAGUCCUGAGCCAGCCAGCCAGCUCCCUGCCCUGCUGCCCCUGGCCCCUGAGCACCUUCUCACAGUCCCACCUCAACCUGGCUUCACUGCCAGCCCAGUAGACUCUACAGAUAGACAGGCCCCUCCCACACAGCACAGCAGCAGCACAGCUAGAAGUGUGUCACUGUCAGGGGGAGUUGGGUCUUAAAUGGCCCUGUGGGCUAAGAGGACAGGACAUCAAGAGGAGUUGGACAGACAGGGAGAGGUGCAGGGUGAAGAGGGUUAUUAUGGGGUUGUCCAGGCAUGAAGAGUCCCUGUGAGUCAGCGGGACAGUGUCUUGGUCUUCAGGUGUGCCAGGAACCAGGAGCAGGACACGGCAGAGGGAUGUAACAGGGGAACCUGAGAGGAACAAAAGGAGAAAAGAGACUUGGCUGUAGUCCUCCAGAGGACUCCUCUCAUCCCUCCCUGUCUGUCUGGUUCUCUGAAACCCUCUACUCUGAUGGACUAGGUGACUUUACGAAGCCAUACUGGCACUGCCAUCCUCACAGACCUCUACGUUUUGGGGAAGGGUUUCGGAGGUGAAGGGCUGGUUUGGAUGGAAAGACUGAUGUAAAAAGAUAAAAUAUAUGAUGCUCAGUGUCCAGUGAGUUUGUGUUCGAGAGAGAGACUGCGUGUGUGUGUGUGUGUGCGAAAGAAAAAAAUGUACACACAUUUGUGUGUAUGAAUAUACAGUGUGUGUGUGUGUGCGAAAGAAAAAAAUGUACACACAUUUGUGUGUAUGAAUAUUCAGUGUGUGUGUGUGAGCAUGUGUGCAUUGGUUCAUAUGAAUAUUUGUGUGUAUAGUGUCUGUGUGCAUGUAUUACCUGUCUGCUGUGACACCCCUGUCGCCACUGAAAACCACUUGAAAAGCACUUGUGGGUGCAGUUGCAUUGGAGACACUUUGGGCUGUCAGAACAGAGGGCUGACAGGCAUCGGCUGGAUAUGAUGAAGACAAGAUCAUCCAGCUCCUGAAUCUCACAUGCAAUACAGGACCCUCCCUGAGAGAACGAUGUUGAAAUGUUCAGUGAGAAUAGAAGACUGUAAUCAGCUGCUACCUCUAGUGUUAUUAAUGGUGUUAUUAAUCAGAUGCUAUUUUUCAGUGACAUUUUGUUGUAUUUUUUAAAGAUGAUACAAUCUGCAGUAAUGUAGUGUUGAAACGCUCCUACAUGUUUUACCUACAUAUUGUAUGGACAUAUAUUAUCAACAUUAUACGAUUUAUUUAUAAUGUGACGUUUGUAUCAACAAUCUACAUUUAUUUCUCACUCAACCCCAUUUUCCCGACGUACCCUGUUGAAUGACCACUAUAUAUACAAUUUAGACCAUCAAAGAUACAACUCUGACUCCCCCUAAUAUCACCACCUAAUAUCACCACACACAGUUCUUUCAUACAAAUGGUCAGUGUACACCUUCUCAAGUACAUCUCUGCCUUCUGAACAGUGUCUGUCUAAUCGUUGUGGUUAGCAGUUCACAGUAAGGCUCUUUCUCAUUAGCUGAAUCAUAAGUAUGUGGUGGUUGACAAUCCACAGCAGUCCCAUGAUCCUCCAGGUCUGAUCAUAACACAUGACCCUAACCGCUGUCCCCUCAUGAGGCAUCCCCCUGUCCCCAGCUAUCAGCACCUGUUUCACCAGGCCGCCCUCACGCCAUGUGUCCCCAGCACUCAGGCAACAAGGCUCUGUUUAUGAUGCUGGCUGGGUGGGCUGGGCUGGGCCAGGGUGGAGGCUCUCAGCUGUCUGUCUCAUUCCUCUGGUGCUAGGUGACACCAGGCCCUGCAUGCAGGCUCCACCAGGACCAUAACUCACCCUGCUGAAGGCCUGCUGUUGGGACCGGCAGCUCAAACCAUACAGGACCUCUCAGAUCCUCUCCCACCCUAGGUGAACCAUCAGAGCCCUACACCACUGUUUAGGACAGGUCACUACGGUAUGCCUGCAUCUAGUCCAGGAGCUCCUGACUGAGUAUCAUCUGGUCAGGGUAAAGAGGAAAAUACUGUAAUCAGCAAUGUUCCCUCUAUUUUUUUUUGUUACUGAGCAAAUUUCAGGUCUGCUGAGCACAAACUUGAACGUUGUGAAAAUUCUAAGCGUGUUUAAUGUGAACACUGAGGCAUCGUUAUUCACAUACCAUUAUUACAGGGAAUCAGGCAAAAUAUGCUACCCUCUGCCUAUUGGCUACACUGCUCCUUUAAGACAAAUAAGCAAUUUACCUGACUUUUCAAAUAUGUCUAGAAAUGCACACGUUUUGUGCCCUUGUAGGAAGCAAUCACUCCCCCAUUACUGACUACAAAUGAUCUAUAACUGGGCUAAUAACUGACUAACUAGCGAAGGAUAUGAACACGUAUACGCGUUGCUACAUGUAGCUAAUAUUGCCUUGAUUCGAUCACAAUUCUCACAGUAAACAGAAACGUUAACUAAUGGGGAAAACUCUAGAAAGUUUGCUUCUCUGUGUGGGCAGAUAUUUCUUCUGCAUGGCAGUCCUGGGGGAGCUGUACGCCCGCUCUCUCGCACAUCUUAGAGGGAACAUUGGUAGUCAGUAUGAGCUAAUAGACCUCGCUACUGGCUAUGCGUUGUGAGCAGGUGUGAAGAGUUCAUGAAUUCCCCUACAGGUGUGUUGAACCUCACACCAGGUGUGUAGACAUCAAAGCCAACUUUCCACUCUGGGUCAUGUCUAGGUUUAGAGCUUUUACUACGUUUCUGUUAGUGUGUGUUUUGGGUCAGUUGAGGGAAUCUGGUGCAUUCCAGGCUUGUCCUGAGCUCCAGUGCUUCCUUCUCUCACAUAGCUGCAGGCUGUCCAUUAGCAGAGGCACCAGUCAAGCUGGCCUCACCACGGGACACAGUCACCCACCUCAGCCACCCCCAAGGGGAACGCAGCUGCACCCCAUUCCUCAGCCCCGCUCUGCGAUCUGCUUGGCGCUGGCAUCUGCCUGGCCUAGCAUGGCAGCACCCCAUCUGACAGGGCCCAUCUCAACACUAUAACUCAUGUUGUAGUCUUCACCCCACACCACAGCUAAAGUUCUCAUCCUCAGUUAAACUCCUUCCCCCCAACACCACAGACACUAGACGAAUGGUGCCAUGUGCCCCUAGAGUACUGUGGUAUUAGUGGGGCAGCCGCUGGAACAGAUAUCUCUAUGGUGUGUCUGAAAUGGAGCCCUAUUCCCUAUAUAAUGUACAACUUUUGACCAGGGCGCAGGGUCUGGUCAAAAGUAGUGCACUGUGCCUCUUUAAAGGGACACUCCAGCUUCACCGGCAUCUAAAGUUCUGCUCCAGAAUGCUCUACUGUAUCUUCAUCUGUAAAUGUAUUCCGUUUUGGUAUUUACAGACAAGACUGAAUGAAAUGUUCUCAUUGUAUUCCACCACUAAGUUAUGUUUUGUCAAAUUAAUGUAUCGACAUGUUAAACUAAUGUAAAUAGUAUAUGGACUGCAGAAAGGUUAUACCAGUAUCGUGUAGAAGGAAUAAACGUAUUUAUAAUAAUUGAAUGACUGAGCGAAUAUACAGUAUUUCUGCCAAGCUAUCACACUUGCCUGCUAUUUUGUCACUUCUCUACAGAGUCUGCUGUGCCAAUCAGUGCUAUCAGGGAAGGAUAGUUGUCUCUUUUUCUCUCACUUUCUUCACUUCUUCUUGGUGAUUGUUGUAAAUGAAACAUGUCUAACACUUGCUGUUCCUCAAUAGCAGACCAGACCCUUUCUCUCUUUUCCCUAAUGCCUUUUUCAUGACUUUGUUUAGUUUAUAUAGACGGUUUUUGAUGAAUUGCUUUAUUUAUUUGAUAGCAGAACUGUGCCAAGGGAGAAACCCUUUCAUUAAAGUAUGAACCUGUUCCCU